CUCUAGUCCAAGGUCAGAUCCGGACCACGAUCGGGCAGGCGCAGCUGCUGAUGGACCAGCGGUUCAAACAGUUCUCCGGGCUGGUGGACAACUGUGAGUUCAACACCGGCGAGAAGGAGACAACCUGUCAGGACCUGCAGGGAUUCUGGGACAUGGUCUACUUCCAGGUUGAGGAUGUUGACAAGAAGUUUGAUGACCUUGAGAAGUUGAAGGCCAGGAACUGGGAGCCAGAGGAGGUCAAGAAACCAGUCAAGAUCAAGAAGAAGAUUGUCAAGGUAACAGGAAUGUCUUCCAAUCUUACGAAGAAUUACAUGUAGUAUUCAAUUGUUGAA